UAAAGCAGAAAGGAAAACAGUCAUUCGUCGAAAAUCAUUGUAACGGGACGACGUCGACUGCGGCUGUCCAGUCACUUUGCUUAUGCACUGGCACCAUCAGCUCAGCUUGGUUCAAGUAGCAGUUUAAUUUUUUAACUCCGUUGCUUUCGGUCGUAUCUCGUUAUAACAGUUUGUAAGGCAGGUUAUUUCAUAAUUAUUGCUAGCAUCAUCUGACGUAACAUAAAGUGCCUUUAUCAGUUCAAAAUGGCCAGCUUAAGAUUGAUAGGCGCCGCACUGCAGCGGAAUUUGACCUUUGCCCGAUCGAUGAAAUUCAGGGGUGCGGCCCCUCUCAUGCACAGCCGUUUCCUUGCCAGCGCUCCGACCGGUAAGCACAUCAAAACCAAGCUGGUCGACAAUGUCCUGGUUGUGACAUUGGACUCCCCGAACGCGAAGGUCAACUCGCUGGGUGCCGAAGUGCAGGCUGAGUUUGAUGCCGUGUUCCGAGAGGUGGAAACCAAUCCGUCCGUGAGCUCGGCCGUUGUUAUUUCCGCUAAGCCGGGAUGUUUUAUCGCCGGUGCCGAUAUUACCAUGCUGGAGAAAUGCAAAAGCGCUGCCGAGGCAACCAAGAUUUCCUACGAAGGGCAGCAGCAAUUUGAUAAGAUAGAAAAAUCAAGAAAGCCCAUUGUGGCGGCCAUCAAUGGAGUAGCCUUGGGUGGUGGUCUCGAGCUGGCUCUAGCUUGUCACUAUCGCAUUGCCGUGAAGGAUAAGAAAACAAACGUGGGCUUACCGGAAGUGAUGCUGGGCCUUCUCCCCGGGGCAGGAGGUACGCAGCGAUUACCAAAGCUUACAUCGAUUCCAACAGCGCUAGAUAUGGCGCUUACCGGAAAAAAUGUAAAAGCUGAUAAAGCGAAGAAACUAGGAAUCGUAGACAUGCUCGUGAAUCCUUUGGGUCCGGGACUGAAAAACGCUGAGCAAAAUACUAUCGAGUAUUUGGAGAAGGUUGCCGUUCAGGUAGCGAAAGAUCUCGCGUCCGGCACCUUGAAGGUAAACAGGAAAAAGACUGGCUUGGUGAAUGCCAUUACCGAAAACGCUUUUUCGAUUGACUGGGUUAAGGAUAAGGUGUUUGGAAAAGCUCGCGAGCAGGUGAUGAAACUCUCUGGAGGACUUUAUCCGGCUCCUCUCAAGAUUCUAGAUGUAAUUCGUGUUGGAGUGGAUAAAGGAUUUGAAGCUGGAUCGGAAGCCGAACGAAACGGGUUUGGUGAGCUAUCGCAGACGUCGCAAUCAAAGGGACUCAUUGGUCUGUUCCGUGGCCAGACGGAGUGCAAGAAAAACCGGUUUGGCAAGCCAGCCAAUCCUCCUAAGAAUAUUGGUGUCUUGGGAGCUGGUCUGAUGGGAGCCGGUAUUGUACAAGUUAGCAUUGACAAAGGCUACCAGGUUGUGAUGAAGGAUACAACCGAUGCUGGACUAGGUCGUGGUAUCGGACAGGUUCAGAACGGAUUGCAAAAUGCUAUCAAACGCAAGCGUAUAAGUGCGAUCGAGCGGGAUACAAUUCUGUCCAAUCUUAACCCUACUUUAAGCUACGAACCGUUCCGUAAUGUGGAUAUUGUCAUCGAGGCGGUAUUCGAGAACAUCGACAUUAAGCACAAGGUUAUUAAAGAGCUGGAACAGGUCGUACCGCAGCACUGCAUUAUCGCCACUAACACGUCGGCUAUUCCGAUUACGAAAAUUGCAGCUGGCAGCGCGCGGCCAGAUAAAGUGGUCGGAAUGCACUAUUUCUCGCCAGUAGAUAAAAUGCAGUUGUUGGAAAUCAUUACCCAUCCGGGAACGUCGAAAGACACUGCUGCUGCUGCAGUAGAGGUUGGAUUGAAACAAGGCAAGGUUGUCAUUACAGUUGGAGAUGGGCCCGGUUUCUACACAACUCGAAUUUUGUCAACGAUGUUGUCCGAGGCUAUACGAUUACUACAAGAGGGAGUUGAUCCAAAGGAACUGGAUAAAAUGACAAAAUCCUUCGGCUUUCCAGUCGGUGCUGCCACAUUGGCCGAUGAGGUAGGAAUUGAUGUCGGAGCACAUAUCGCAGUGGAUUUGGCUAAAGCUUUUGGAGACCGAUUUAGUGGCGGAAAUCUGGGAGUGAUGGAAGACAUGGUUAAAGCUGGUUUCAUGGGUCGCAAAUCCGGCAAAGGAGUAUUUUUGUACGAAGGUGGAAAGAGUAAAAAUCGUGAGGUAAACCAGGAAGCGUUGGCAAUUCUGAAGCAGAAAUAUUCACUCCAAUCACGCGGCGCCAACAGCGUUGAAGAUAUGCAGUUGAGAAUGGUUUCCCGAUUCGUGAAUGAAGCUGUGCUGUGUUUGGAGGAGAGAAUCCUCGAUAACCCUCUGGAAGGUGAUGUUGGUGCUGUGUUCGGUCUCGGGUUCCCCCCAUUCACUGGUGGUCCAUUCCGGUGGGUCGAUCAAUAUGGUGCGGAUAAAUUAGUCAGCAAGAUGCGUACGUAUGCCGAUCUGUACGGUGCCCCAUUCCAGCCUGCCCAAACCUUGGUCGAUAUGGCGAAGGAUUCGUCGAGGAAGUUUCACCCUAGCAAGUAAAUUUUAUUCUAUAGGAGUGUCUUAAUUAAGUUAAAAAGAUUGUGAGUUUGGUGAAAAGUGAUCUUUGUUAUCGAUAUCACCCGAUACGCAUCGUAAUGUCUAGUUUCCUGUGGAUACCAUUUCUGUUGCCUUUGGGCCGUUUAUUCUUGUUAUAGUUUCAUGCAUUUUUUAAAACGAAAGAUCUAUUUUGACAAUCAGUUUGAAA